AUGGCAUCUAGCAGAGAUAGAGAUGAAGGACCUGUGUACUAUAGGGAGAUACAGAAGAAUGCAUACCUUAAACGGAUACCUAACGAAGUUGGUGGUAGCAAGCUGAGACCACUUAGUAGUAAGAAAGUACCUCUAAAGCCGAUGUGGACGCAGCUAUGCGUGCACAACGGUAAGACCCCCUACCUGGAACAGUAUCCUGAAGCCAGUAGUCCAGCAGCUAUAACUCAUAAGCCAGUAUGGAGAGCCUGUCUCCGCGCGGCCAGACACGUCACCGCCAGUGUCAAACCACACUGCGGAGACCAAUAUGAUUUUCUCGUUGACACCGAUGGAGGAGCCGUGAGGAUGCUGGCUCCUGAUUGGGAAUCAAUGCAGGAUUGGGUGACGACACUGCGCAAUACACUACAUGAACUAAAGAUUCUAUCUCGCGGUGAGAACGUAUACUGUUCCGGUCCAGCCCCGCCGCCCCUACCGCCGCCCCCAAGGGCUGCAGCGAGGGAUCCUACCUCGCCUUUACCACCUACGCCACCUACUCCGCCUGAUAGAGUACCCGGCAUAGAGCUAACAACGCGACCACCAGAAACGAUACCAGAAUCGCCAGAAACUCAACCAGAAAUCGAACCCACGACAACAACAGAAGAAAACAAUAUCGACAUAUCGAAUUGGGACGUCCCAUUCACAGCUCUACCUAGCACUUCUCAAAAUACGGUCGAAAAUCGAAGUGUGGCUAAAAUAUGUGGCCAAAAUAUAUGCUUAGACGAUUCAAUAUUUAAAAGGACGAAUGUUACUGAUAGCGAUGAAGAAUUUUUUGCCGAAAUCGAUAAGAUGUGUAGCGAAGAUGAAGACUAUACGCAACGAGUCGUCGUCAGUAAUGGGGAUGAGAUCGGAAAUGGUGAUAGUGGGAGCAAUCACCAAGCGACGAACGUCACAGUGAUACAAGUAUCAAACAAGGAUCCACCACACACAGCGAUACCCGUGCUAGGCCCCGAAACAGAUGUAUUUGACUUCGAAUUUAAGCAAAAAGUAACCAUUAACGAUGAACCGAAACCGAAUUUUGUGAAUAUAGUCAAUACAGAACAAAACGACUAUGGUACAACAUUUUCAAAAGAUUCCGAUUAUGGACAUCUCAGUUUGACAACAACUGUGAGUUUAUCGGGUACGAAUGAACCGGAAUUUCCGAGUUUUCCGAUUGCACCGACUUUACCGACUUUGCCGACUUUACCGACUUUGCCGACUUUACCGACUUUGCCGACUAUACCGAAUGUUCCGACUUCGAAUCAAAAUGAAGAGAUAUAUGAAAGAUUAUGCAUGGCUUCCACGUCCAACUCAAAACCGUCCCCUCUGCCAGUGAAAAAGCUAAAAAAUGUUGAAAAAACUAGAAAGUCUUCCUUACCUAAUUUAGAAGUCGGUGAUUCGACGUAUGAAUAUUUAUUUUUAAGUAAUAAUAAUUCCGGUGUGACGGUUAAUGCUGAGGUGAAUUGUAAUGGCGAUGCAAGAAGUCAGAAUCAUGUAAACAAUGACGUUAAUCGAUUAAGAUCUGUGGAGAGGGCGCGGAGUCAAAAUUCCUAUGAUGCGAAUCGACCGAGGGAAGCGAGGAGGGUCAACACUAGUCCUAAAAGAGAGAUUAAAAAUGAAACAUCAGAACAGAAUCAGACUCAAAAUAAACCUAUUUGGAAGCGGGGCUUAACAGAGUUAUCUUUACUAACAAGACUGAAAUCUAUUGGUCAGACCAAAAAAGAAAGCCCGACGAGGCAGGAUGAAAACCAGGAUAGUAGAGGUCCUACAAUAACGUCGCCUGUAAAAGUGGUCCAUAGAUCGCGACCUGAAGGCAGGGCGGACUCCAUGCGACGAAGGAGCAGCUCCCUAAGUAAUGCAGACGUCCCCCCUUCGAUAUCGAACCCCGUCCCCCUUCCCCCCUCCCUGACCCCCCUACGAGCCCGUCAGGCGGCCAGCCUCCGUGCCGAGCAACGUCGCGGCGCUGCACUAGCGGCCACCGUGUCCACUGCUCAUCCACCUGUCUUUGUUGACUAUCAGAAUCAAGUUUGGAUAGCGUGGUGGGGUCCGUCGGGCGUCCGUCCGGCGGGCCGCUGCGGCGACCGCGCCGCCGCACUGGCCGCCCGCGCGCCGCGGGACGCCGCGCACGCCAGGCUCCUGCUGCACGCCGCGCGGGCGCCCGCCGUGGACAUACUAUUCCACCGGGUGCCGCUCGGUAAAAUAUAUGUGGUCAACAAGAGGGACCAGGAAGCAUUGGGUCUAAAGUUGGACAAUGAAUGCAAUAUCACAGGCGUGGUCGCUCAUAGUGCUUGCGCCCGCGCCGGUCUGCCUCCGCCCGGGAACUGGGCGCUCACUGAAAUAAACAACAGGCCUAUAAAUCUACUCAAGGGAGGCGAAGAAGAUAUGAACAGACUCAGUAGACAUGGUACUGAAGUAUCUAUACUCAUUCAGCCAUCAGCGUUGGUCAAGAAACUACGGUCAGCGCUCAAAGGAAACAAGGCUCUGCUCGGGUUGAGAUAA